AUGGCAGCCGGGAACACGUUUGCUGCCGGAGCCGCGGUGGCCGUGGCCGGCGUCCCGAAGCUGAAGCUGGCAGGCUGCGCGGCAGUGCCCGGCGUGCUGAAGGAGAAGAGCCCGGCGGGCUGGCUGCUGGCAGGCGUCUGGGCCGCGCUCCCGAAGCUGAAGCCCCCCGAGGCGGCAGGCGUGGAGAAGGAGAAGCCGGUCGUGGCCGUCGUGGCGGCCGUCUUCGUGGGUAUUGAUAUGGACAGUGUUUCCUCAGGCUCUUCUCUGCAGUUCCUUGCCAAACUGCUUCAUGAUGCUCAAGAAGAAGAAGAUGAUGAUGAUGAUGAACAUGGGCCACACUGUUCUGUUAGCGCCAUGACUCCUGGUAGUAUUGGGCCAGUAAAGAAAGAGACCACUGGUACUUUUCAAGUGAAAUCUGAAAACAGGAAAACUAUUUGGAAUACAGAGGAGGUCCCAGAAGGAUCUGAAUUUGAUGAUACCUGGGACCCUAGAGAACAGCCAGAGUAUCAGAUUUUAUUCAAACAGUGUGUGGGAACAGAGGAUGUCUUCUUUGGGAUGAGCAGGAAAGACCCCUCCACAGCCUGCUGUGAAGAAAUGGUGAUUAAAAUCAAGCUGCCAGAGACAAACUACUCAGACAUCGCAUUAGAUAUCCAGGACAAGGUUCUUGACCUUCGAACUCCCAAAAAGAAGCUGCUGCUGCACCUCCCCUACCAUGUAGACAGCAAGAAUGGUAAAGCUUGUUUUCUCUCUGAAGAGGAGACCUUGGAAGUCACCUUGAGAGUAUUGAGGAAGUUUGAUUUCAUAAAUUUUGCCUGA